GCGGGCUGCGGCGUACGUAAUUACGCAGCCCGCGUUAAUGAUAACGUGUGUUGUUCAAAUGAUUUUGUUUAUAUGGCGCUCAUAUUACUGCAAGUGUUGGUGCUGGGUGUGAUCGCGGCGGCAGGCGACCGCACCGACAUCCCGGUGACAUGGUCAAACAAUCCUCGCGCAGCGACCCUGCCGUGUGAACUCCCGGAUGCAGCCAAGGUUCAACCGCGCAGGCCUCCUCCCCCGCUUGAUGACGAGCGCCCCAGGCCUAAACCUUACUUCUGGAGGAAGGGGGAUCAACAGAUCAAUCCUAAAAGGACGUCGACGAAUGGCACGCUGGAGGUAUCCCGCAAGACGGGCGCAGGCGCGGCUGGCUCGGAGGGCGUUUACGAGUGCGGCGUGCGGCACCACAGCGGCCUCGUGCUCGGCUACCCGAUCAAUCUUAAGUUUCCAUUUGUGGAAAAACAAUUCACGGAAUAUCCAAAAGAAGUGAAGGCGAGAAUUGGUCAGCCGCUGGCCAUUCCCUGCUCCAUCGGCUCUGGACCGCCAGCUUCUAUCACCUGGCUGAAGGAUGGAGAAGCACUCCCUCAAAAUUAUAGGUACCAUAUAUUGAAUCAAGAACUCCUUAUUACCGAUGUGAAACGCGAAGAUGCUGGCUCGUAUAGGUGUACAGUCAGCAACACAUACUUAAAUAAAAACAAGACAAGUCCCGAAGGUGUCGUUCAGGUGAAGAAGUCUACCGACACAGAACUAUCCUGGCUUCCAGUGCAUAACGACACGCUGGUGGUCAAACCUCGUGGUAGUAAAGUGGUGUUAGCGUGUCCGGUGCUUGGCUGGCCAAGACCUAAGUUAAUUUGGGAGCUGACCACACCUGGUGGUAGACCGGCUGAGCUGGAGAGCAGUGACGAGGUGCUGGUGCUGCCGAACCUGCAGCACGAUCAGCAGGGAAUGUACUCCUGCUAUGUUGAGGGUCGCUCCGAUAUUGUCAAGAGUUUCAAUGUGUCUGUGAGCGAGCCCGUGUCCAUAACCCUGCCCCCCGUCUCCAAGCAAGCCAUGCGGGCCAGUACUGUGCGCUUCAACUGCACAGCGGAAGGUUCUCCUGAACCCAGGAUCACCUGGUACAAGGACGGGCAGCCACUACCAUUAGCCGGCAGGAUCAACGUGCGCACGUCUGUUGACCGAACACGAAACGAGCUCGUCAUCGGUGGCGUCACCUCUGACGACGCAGGAGUGUACCAAUGUUUCGCGAGUAAUGGACAUUCUGUAUCUUCGAGCUGGGCAGAGCUAGACGUGACGGGCGCAGGUGCGGCUGCUCCGGGGGCGGUGCAGUGUGCGCCCACCGGGCCCUCCUCCGUGGCGCUGUGGUGGAGUCCCGCCGCAGAGAGAGUGGUCGCGUACACCGUCAACACCACUCCUGGAGAUAAGACUGGUAUCGCGAUUACCGGCCAGCCACACAACAACACGUCGGAGAUCGUCAAGGUUAAGGAAGCCCUGACACCAUACUACUUUCAGGUUCGAGCCUAUAUUCCAUCCACCAGCAAGAACAUCGCCAGCGACAUGUCCGAGAGCGUCAUGUGCCAGGGACAAGGAGUACCAAUAAAGCUGAUAAAGCUGGAAGACGAUGAAAUUCUGGUGACGUGGAAGCAGUUUGCGGAGGAGAACCCUGGAGUGGUGGAGUGGGUGCUGCAGUAUACCGAUGGCAGUGACACUGAGAGACACACCAAUGUCACGUUGCCCGAGGACGUCUACAACUAUACACUAACUGUGCAACCUACCCAGCCGGUGUUCGUUAGAGUCCUGGGAUCUCGUAGUCACGAGUGGCUGCAUCAGAACCUGAGCCUGGUGGCGUGGACUUCGUCGGAGCUAGCGCGGCAGGAUCCCGAUGGCGAGGUUAACGUGGUGCCGUACAACGUGGAGGUGGGCGCAGUUCGGGCGCGCGGGUUCGACGUGCGAUGGCAGUGCGACGACGCGGCUCGAUACACCUUCCUGGUGUGUGUGCGAGGACUACACACUGAUGAGCUGUGCCAGGAGAGCUACAAGAACAGCGCCUCCAUCGGCGGUCUCCAGCCCGCCCGCGACUACGAGGUGCGGGUGCAGGUUCGAGUACCAGGUCGCGCCCUCGGCGGAGCCUUCUCCCCUCCCUACCGCGUCACCACCACGAGCGAAGGAUUGCAACGUUUCAAAGAGCUCACAUACAAGUUCGUGAACUCGUCCACCGUCCGGGUAUCCUGGAAGGCUCCAAGCGAAGCGACGGAUACGGACAGCAGUGAGCCGAGCGAGGGAAGCGAAGUGAAUGAGUUCACGGUGCGCUACAGCUCUCGUCUCAAGCUGCCCGUUGAGAUGUGGGCGGCCAAGCACACCAAGACACGUUCUGUUCUGAUAAGUGGUAUUGAGCCGACGGAGCCAACGUUUGUCAUGGUGAUGGGUUUCGACCCGAUCUCCUACAGCCCGAUACUGACCAUACCGCCGCAGAGGAAGGAGCUGGAAUUAAAGGACCUAAAAUACGAGUACACAAGUUCUGGCGUGCGAGUGUGGCGAGACGAGGCUGUGGUGGGAGGCGUGGUGAGAUACGCACAGAACAUCACGCAGCCGCUCGACACCUGGACUAUGGUGGAGAGCAACACCACUGACAUUGAGAUAAACAACAUAAACAUGGCGCUGCCGCUGUACGUGAUGGUGACAGGCGGCGGAGGCACGAGGGCACGCAGCCACGUGCUCACGGUGGCGCCGCGCGCGGGCGACACCACGGGGUUCUACUUAGGUAUUGGGCUGGGCGUGGCGUUCUGCCUGGCGAGUGUGGUCGCGGCCGUCGCAUUGUAUCUGUUCUGGAGGAAACGGAAAAGAAAUAUGAAUCGGACUCCUUCCAGAUCCAGACGAGCAGCCAGAGAACAGGGUGAGGACGAGGGGUCUGAGCUGAAGGCGCUGAGCGCGGGGCGGGCGGCGCCGCUCGCCAACGGACUCGAGCCGCUCCUGAACGGUCACGUGCGCGCCGGGGCUCACUCCAAGACUCCGAACGGGAACGUGAGAGGCCGCUGCGAUCGUUCGUAUGACGUGUUCGACCUGUCGCGACACGAGCCCGACACGACGCUGGAGACCGAGCUCGACGACACGAUAUCUUUCGCUCUGCUGGACACCUCCCGCCGCCCCGACAUCGAACCCCGGCCCCGCAGCGCCAAUACCUCAUUCACCAAGCUACCGGACGAUAACAUGAACUCAGAACUGAACCGGAGCGACUUUGAACUCGACAAUAGCAAAAUCCAGCCAACUCUUCAGCCGAACGGUUGAGGUGAUCACCUCGUUCCGACGUCCACAACUACACGGGGUAGGCGACCCCUUUCGCCAGGAGCGUGUGUGUAGAUACAUGAGGUUUGUACAGCGAGCGCGAAGAUAGAUUAUCGUGUUUUGUUCCUAAAGUAGACUCUAAUUCCGACACUUAAAGGCUGAUUUCGAAUACACGGGUACGUUAGUUAGUUUGAGUCGGUUGGCGCAGAAUGUAAAUACUAGCUCUGGACGAUGCCAGCGACCAGAUAUUGCGGAGACAAUAAAUCCGGGAGAACCAGAACCGAUAGCGCGAGUGCUGAGAACCUUAUCGUACAAAAUAUAGACCAAAACGAGAUCCAAACACAAUACGACAUGUACAUAAAAUAUUUAUUAAUGUUGACAGAUUGUACAACAUCUGGCAGUUCCCAAUAAUUACAUUACAUUGUAUAAUAAAUACUAAUAGUGUCUCAUAGAUUAUGUUCCGCCACUAAAUACCACAAUACAACGAUGUCUUGCAACAAUAUGGUCAUUACAAUAAAUUGGAUGUAAUUCCAGAAGAACUUUUUAAACCACAAUCAUGUCGAAAUUGAGUUAAGAACACAAAACUGGUCACGUGAUUCAUAUUAACGGACUGAUAAAAAAUGGCAGCCCUACUGUCACUCUUUAAAAGACAUCAUGACUUACCAGUCCAACCCACAUGUAUCGAAUACACUAAUAUUUAUUAAACUUUAAACACAAAUUCCUUGAAAUGUGAUGUUUGUGGCUUGGAACGUUUUUCAGGAACUAUGUCCGAUUGCGAACGUGCAGUACCGCACACGUGGCGGGUAAAGGGCGUCGCUCUCUUUCAUACCGCAUUCCAUUGUUGCUCAUACUAAUCCCCAAGUUUCUCACUAUUAGUAUUUAUAUAUUAGUUUUAUACAUUUUCACCGAGCUUUAGUUAUUAUAUAUCUAUAUUAUAUAAAUACUUUGGUUAUUCGCUAUCCAUAUUCAUAUUAAGUUACUGCGUAUAGGAAAUGAUGAUUACUUAUUUUAACAGAUAACUAAUUUAUGACAUCAUGUAUUGCGUAUGGGUAUAUGCAUGUGGUUAUAUUGUUAAUCUAAUAUACAUAUGACUAUAUGAUAUGACUGGUGAGACAUUAACGCCACCUAAGGACAGCACUUAUUCUCAUUCGCAGAUUCUCGUUCUGAUUUUGUAAUAAAAUUAGGUUUACCAGUGGGAGGCUCCUUUGUACAGGAUGCCGGCUAGAUUAUGGGUAGCACAACGACGCCUUUUUCUGCCGUGAAGCAGUAAUGUGUAAGCAUUAUUGUGUUUCGGUCUGAAGGGCGCCGUAGCUACUGAAAUAACUGGGCAAAUGAGACUUAACAUCUUAGUCUAAGGUGACGAGCGUAAUUGUAGUAUCGUUAAGAAUUUUUCGAUUUCUCAAGAAUCCUGAGCGGCACUGCGUUGUUAUGGGCAGGGCGUAUCAACUACCACCAGCUGAACAUCCUGCUCGUCUCGUCCUUUAAUGUCAUAAAAAAGGUACUUAAUUUAUGAACAACUAUCCCUUCAAAUAAAUGAAGUGUGUCACAUCACCACACUGCAUUACUCUUUCGGUAGUUAUAAUCGCAAGCGCCGCCAGGUCCUUGUCUCCGCCCCUCUGCCACCCGCCGCCCCGUCUUGCGGUAUCCAAACGUUGCGUAAUUAAUAAUGGUAAAAUUUAAUAAGUAGUCAAAUAAUAUUUUUUCUUCAUGUAUGAUCACCUCCUCGAGUAUCGUUAGCGUCUCACAAGUCACGCUGUAUAGAUUUUUUUAUUAUUAUUCUGGGAUGUAUAGUUUAUUUUAUUUGUACAUAUCAGUGUUUUAUUACCUACAUUAUACUAUUUACAUACGGAUGGAGCCAAUACAUUCAAUGUAAUAGUAUGUAUUAUUAUUGUUGGUCAUAUUUUACCUUUUAUAACUGUUCAUAAUUUAUAUCACUUUUAUGAGUCACUUUCAAUAAGUAUAAUAUAAUAUAUACUAUGUGUGCGGUAUUUUCUGAGACAUGCAUGUACCCUACUGCAUAAGACAUUUAGUUAUGUUAUUUGUUUUAGGACACUUAGUCCGAUGCGAAUGUUGGGAACCGCCACUAUUGGUUAAGCCUGAGACGCUAGCUGUUACCUUGACCGUACAUUCCACAAUAUAUCCCUUGUUGUAUCAAGUCCUCAGAUGUUUAGAUAGCUUAGUGAAAUGUAAACGUAUAUAUAGAUUGAUAUAAUAGACAACGAACUAAUAAUAUGUGGGAGUAAAUUAAGUACCAUGUUGUUAUUGAUGUUAGCGAGUAACUGUUGUGUGGGGUGUUUUUAUAAAGUAACGCGGACCAAUUAUCAAGUAAUAAACAUGGCGAAUAUGUUUGCCCAAAAUGUAGAGGUAAUAAGGAUUUCAAUAAUUUUCUAGUAUUGAGAAUGUUUGAGCUACCUAAUGUUUCGAAUAGUCCGGUCUAAUAAACUGCUUGUGUCUUUCCAUGCACAUCAUGCUAUUAAAAAAAGUGUGGGUGAGUACUUAUGUAUACACGCAAGAAGUUAUACUUCUUUGUCCUAACAAAGCAAAUAUCCUUAAAAUUAUUUAUUCCUCGUGCUAUUCUACGUUUGUAGAAAAACACAAUAUUGUAAAAAUCUUGCAACGAUGGCUUUGACAAUUAAUUAUUAAAUAACGAAUACGGCUGUACGGGCUUCACCCAUCUUAAUAAUGGACGAAAAAACCAAAACAAAAAAAAUAACGAAUGUCGCAAACGUCAGAAAAUUGUAGGAACCAACUUCACCCUGUUACUUUUGUGUUACAGUGAUGCGCGCGCAUCUUAAAACUUCACUAUCAUAAUUUGUUACAUAACGCGCCCAACGAAGUAUAACUUCAAAUAUAUUUCCAAGAAUGUUGAAUCCCUUAGCUAUCUAUGUAUACAAAUAUAAAUUUAAUAAAAGAUAUUUCUUAUUAACACAAAGAUAUAUUGAAGAUUUAUAAACAAAGUAUUAAAUAGUACAGUAAAAUGUAAAAUCCAUUAUAGAAACACCCCCGACUUCCACAGAGUUCUUAUACGCGAGUUGGUUCGUUGGUCAUGAUUCCAUAUCACAAUUGUAAUCUACCUCAUUUAACUUGUUCUAAGAUAAUAAGAUGUUGUAUUGUUUGAUUUAAUUUAUGUAAGCCCAUCGACCAUUAAUGGCAGCCCAUUAUGACUACGGUGACUCUUUAUUAUUUAUUGGUUAGUUUGUAAGGUUAGCGUAUCUCCCACAGGACUCUCAGGGCAAAUAGUACCGCGACCAUCCCUGUGUACCGUUCGGUACCAACCUUAUACGAUAGUAGAUUAAGAGAUAGAAGCACCUAGGUACAACACGUAUAGCAUUUACGGUUAAUACUAAUUGAAAAGUCACAAAUUGACAUUUGUUCAUCAUCAAUCAAUAGUCGGUGAUUUUUUUAACCUAUAUUAUAUGGCUUUCCGUGUUUUUGACUUGAAUAACAUAUGUGGUAAGAAAUAAAAGAUUUACUUCAAGUACUCAGAACCUUGAUCAGUUUUUAAUACUAAUUUUGAUGAACAUAAUAUAAAAUUACGAUUCAAUGAACCGAUUUUUGACUUUUCAUCAAAAUAACUGUAUAUAUACCUAAUAUAUCUUAUAACUCACUUUAAAUUGUAAAUCGCCGACUAUGUACCUGAUAUUUUCAAUUACACUAAGUUAAUUUAAGUGUAUUGUUAGGGUCUUAAAGAAUCUAGGAUAUAUCUACGGCGCUAGGUUAUAUAUAACACAGGGUUUAAGACUUGACAUCUAAGCACUUAGAUUUUUAUAAAAUGCCUGGGAAAGAAUUUCGCUGUUGUUCUGUUUCGAUUUUAUCCGUAUAAUGUAGAUAUAGUAACAUAAUAUUAGACAAACAACAAAUCUUGAUAUAUUUCCGUAUUGUUGAGAUCCUCUGAAGUCAGUGACAUCUUUGGUUAUAUCAUUAAUUGAAAGGUAUAAAAGGCAUUUAUUUUCUCAAAAUUGAUUACUUUAGAAUUAUUUUUGAUGUCAUUUCUAAUAUACUAGAUACUACUACCGCUUCGGAAACAAAGGGCGCUCUGAGAGAGAAGAAGCGGCGCAAGAAACUCUCCCAGCAUUUUUUUUUGCGCUCUUUCUAUUUUGUUGUACGUAGCAUUUAAAUUGCGGGAAUAAUUAUAGCGAGAUGUGUAUUAUAUUACGAGCAGUACCAUAGUUGUUACUUUCUUUCAAGUAAAUAUUUUUAUCCAUUGAAGCCUUCAGUGGGCCAACGUCAAUAUUUUACACUAUAGUUAGGAAAGGCGAGUGAACGGAAAUCUUAAGGCUACCUGCUUCCUUCAGGAAAGCUAUGUCAAGAAUUAGCAUAGUGAUUUUUUCACUAAGAGUUAAAGUAUAAAGAGAAUAGCGAUAUGGGCUUUGAAUGAACGGACCAGUUCAAUCAACCAGUCGACUAUGUGUCGACGGUUCGACAUUUCACGUAUUUCAAAUGGACUAGUUCAAUUAAUAGACUAUGACAGACGUAAACAAGGAGUUCGUUUAUCGUCCGUUUAAAACAGACUGUAAAUAAUCAACUAAUUUCCACCACUAGAUACUAAACAAUUUGUUAUGUUUUUAAAGUGAUAACCCUCACUUCUAGGAUUAAUACACGAAUAAAAUGUGAAAAACAAAAUUUUAUGAUCGAUGCGGGACUCAAACCCACUGGUUGAGCAGGUUAUCAACUGUAAGCUGUUACGUCACUCGAACGGUUAGCUCAGUUGGUUAGAGCACUGGCACGCAACGCCAGAGGUCGUGGGUUCGAGUCCCGCAUCGUUCAUAAAAUUUUGAUUUUCAAAUUUUAUUUGUGCACUAGAUUACUAAUCAUGUACAAAAUCAGUUGAUCUUGUAAGUACGCCAAAAUAUGAUUUUGUAUUUUUGUAAUAAUGCUUUUAUUUAAUUUACCUAGUAGAAUCCUCAUUCAUUUUACGUUAUUAUAACAAUUUUAAUGUUACUAAUUUAUACGAUGUAAAUUAAUGUCAUUAUUACGAAUUAACACAGUCUAUUCAAAACCACGACGGUAAGUAACUUGUAAUAGACUGUCAUGUCUAGCGUCUAUAAUACCGUCGUAGGUGAAAUACAGUCCACAAUUUCAACUAGUCGACGAAUGAAAAUGAACGGUCUUGUUUCGUUCACACUAAAUACACGUCGACGACUUAUCGCUAGCUACCUGCAUCCUGCAGGAAAGUUAUAUUAUGACAGGAUGAUUUUUCACUACGAGUUAAAACUUAAAGUAUAAAAAGAACCGUUUACCUAUGCUUGUUCUUACCUAUAACGUAAUACAUGUAUAUAUAGAAAAUCAGGAUGUUUAAUACAAUUAUUGUAUGUUUUAAUGCGACAUGCACGCCAUCUGUUGACCAUGGUACCGAUACUAUGAAACAUUUUGGUUUUCUGUAAAUGAAGCCCACAGUAUUAAUAUAAUCAAAGUUAUGUAAUUUAUUAUUAUAUUUUGUGAAGUUCACUCGCGGUUGUGUUUCGUUAAUAUAUUUUUAACUGAUUUAUAAUGUAGUAUACCACUUCAAUGUAUUUUAUAUUUUAUUUUAAACCAAAUUUUAUUACGAUAACACCUGAGAUAUGUACAAUGUAUGUAGCUGUAUAGAAGUUAUGGUAUCGACGAUUAUAGCUGAGUUUUGCCUGUUUAAAAUGGGUACUAUUAUAUCUAUUUCAGUUCUUAUUAUAAAUGUUAAGAUUCUUACACCUUUAAUUUAAUAGUAUAUACUAAAAAGUUGGCUUGUCCGUCCGUGGUAAUAGUUUUUGAAAUAAAAAGCCUGAAGCAUGUGCCUCGAAAACGUUGAAUAGUUUUUGGAAACUUAGUUGUUAGAGGAAGGCACUUGGUCUGAAUUAUGACAAGAGGUGGCGCUGUUGCAAAAUUGAAUGAAAUAUGAAUUAAUAUGAAAUGAAUAAUUGUUAUAAGGGGGCUGAUUUAGUGAAACACAUGAUAACGGGUAGUUCAUUCCACAUUUACAAUAGUAAUAUUUAGUUACAAACUGCACAUUCCAUAGUAGGCUGCAAUAGUUAUCAACUAACAGAUUUUAUUUUACUUAAGCGUUCGAGACUAUGAUUACGUAUAGCAAUACUGGUUGACAGACAGUAUUACAUAGACACUAGUGCUCGGCUGCAGAAUGUUAUUGUGUAUCUAGAUUAUAAUAUUAUAGUAAUAUUCCGAUUGUUCGUAAACUAAUUUUAAGUAUUGUUCCCACAAACCAAACAGUGUUGAUGACAUGUUGUACUUUUGACAAAAAUUUAUUCUUACAAGUUAUUUAAUCAUCAUUUUUAUUUAUUAAAUCAUUGCGUUGCGUGGUAGGCGAUUUUAGUUUGCUUCAGUGUUUGCAGCAUAGAUUAAGGAUUGGUCUCCGCUGCGCUCCAACUAGAUACCGCACUAUCUAAGAACAAUAGCUUUUUUAUUACGGAAACUCCUAGAUGCUUGUGUGCGUGGCAUCUUGACACUCAAUGGCAUCUUUUAAAUUUUGUAACAUACGCUUCGUGUAAUUUUGCAUUAAAAUUAAUAAAAUACAAAAUACUUACUGACGAUAUGUGA